CAGCGGAGUUCAGACACGCUGGGUUCCACGUGCGAACUUCAUUGACAUUGUUCUACACAAACCCGGCCAGACUGUCCUUUUAGCCUGCACUAACGACACUCUCCCUAUGCGAGAAGAUGUCGAUAACAGCAGAUGGCAUAUAUGCUGCUCUACCCACCACCACCAGAGGACAGCCCACCCCCCUGUCUGCUGAUUCCAAAGGCGAACGCAUAGCCUACGCAUCCAACAAAUCAAUAUUCAUACGGUCGAUCGAUAACCCAGCCAUAUCGAGCCAAUACACACAACACACAGCUGCAACCACAGUCGCAAGAUUUGCGCCUUCCGGCUUCUACUGCGCGUCCGGCGACGCCUCGGGCAUUGUCAAGGUCUGGGACUGCUCAGCAAACGGAUCAGGAGUAACAAAGGGAGAAUAUCCCAUCAUAUCUGGGCGAAUAAACGACAUUGCAUGGGACGGUGACAGCCAGCGUAUCAUCGCGGUGGGCGACGGGAAACAACGCUACGGGCACUGUGUCACAGCGGAUUCAGGCAACACAGUGGGUGAAAUAAGCGGACACUCUGCACAAGUCCAAGCAGUCAGUAUAAGACAGCAAAGACCACUGAGAGCGGCAACGGCAGGAGAUGACAAGAGUCUCGUGUUCUAUCAUGGAGCACCCUUCAAAUUCAAUGGUAUUCCCGGUCGAGGUAGCCAUAGCAACUUCAUAUACGGCGUGGCUUUCUCUCCAGAUGGAAGUCACCUGCUCAGCGUGGGCGGCGACAGGAAGAUAUACCUCUACGACGGCAAGACAGGAGAACCCAAGACGGAGAUCGCGGACAGCGCAGAAGGCCACCAAGGCAGCAUUUUCGGGGUAUCUUGGUCCAAGGACUCGCAGAGUUUCGUGACAUGCUCAGCCGAUCGGACCGUGAAGACAUGGGACGUCGAAGCCGGCAAGGUCACGCAUAGGUGGUCCUUCGGUGACGUUGCUGCCGUGUCAGACCAGCAAGUCGGCGUUGUCUGGCCUGCAGGCAGGUCGGACGGUCUGAUCAUCUCGUUGUCCCUCAGUGGAGACCUCAACUACUUGCACACGAAUUCCAGCAAACCGACCAAAAUCAUUUCAGGCCAUCAGAAGAACGUUACUGCACUCACCUCCCUGCCUGGAAGGGCUGAUACCGAAAGUGCAACGCUGUGGACAGGCAGUUCCGAAGGUCGAGUGUGCGUGUGGGACGUCGCGACCGGAAUCGCCGACACCAUCGAGGGCGAUGGACACACCAAUAUCAUUUCAGGACUCGCAACGACUUCUGCAAGCAAGCAUCCCCAAGUCUACUCCGUCGGCUGGGACGACUCGUUGAGAACGGUUGACGCCGGAGCAAAGACAUUCACCGGCAAACCUACGAUAUUGUCAUCACAACCAAAAGCACUGACGUGCACGUCGGACGGCCUCCUCGUGGUCGCUCAACUAGAGAGCGUCAUCGUCUACAGCGACGGCGAAGAGGACGGCGAACUACCCUUAAAAUCAACCCCAACAUCGUUGGCGUCCACUGGCAGCACAGUCGCAAUCGGCUCGCAGGAUUCCAGUCUGAGGCUGUUCUCCGUGACGCCAGGAAAAGCACCGAAACAAACUGCAGUGGUCGAGCAAGUCUCCGCCACGCCCUUGACCGCCAUAUCUUUCUCUCAUGACGGAUCGAUGGUCGCAGUUGGCACUGCGGCCGGUAAGAUUUACGUCUACAAGAUCAGCACGGGCGUAACUGGCCUGCUCACAGGAUCUUCGUCCUUGGACUUAGUCACGGAUCGAUGGAGCGCACAUACAGCCAAGAUCACCUCUAUUGCGUGGAAUCCAGAAGGUACUGGCGCCGUCUCGGGCAGUCUGGAUACCAAUCUGUUUGCGUGGAGUCUCAAAGAACCUGGAAAGAGAGUCAAGGAGACGAAUGCACACAAGGAAGGCGUCAAUGGCGUUGUCUGGUUGGGAGACACGGUUUACAGCACUGGUGCGGAUGCUACGGUGAAAAAGUGGAAAGUCAAGAUAGCUUAGACAUGGUGCUCGACGGGCUACGACUGACGGCCACCAAGCUAGAUGAUUGAAUGUUCACGAGGCUGACGCGACAAGUAUGAUCUUCUCACAAGUGGCUUCCCCUUUCUUUUUGGUGCGAGUGAUGUGAUGCAGCCUUGUUAGGUAGCAGCGUCACGAGCCACAUAUGAUGCGCUCUAAACGAUCCUGACUUAUACUUAUGUUCUUGAUCCCCAUGCCCCUCGCAGAGACUGUACGCCUUGCGAGGUGGAUAGCGUUGUGACCCGUUCGAUUCGCUCCAAUAUCCGAACGAGUUCUUCCUGCUCUUCAGGUGUUUUCAAGCUCUGUCCACCU